UCAGUCAGAAAUUAGAAUAGAAAUUUUUAAAGAAAUUUUCCGCAAAUAAAUUGAGGAAAUCGUGUGAAGUGAUAUUAAAAUUAUAAUAUGGAAAAUUAAUAAUUGCUACAAAAAUUAUUUUGCUAUUUUUUUAACAUAAAUGAAAUUAAAAAAAAAUUUUAUUUCUUUAAAAUUAAAAUUUUAAUGAUUUUGAUAAGUGGCUUGGGUGAAAUUUGUGUGCCAUAGCAAAAAUGGAAAUUCCUAUUCAAGUGGCUGUUCGCAUUUUGCCUUGUAUGGAGGAUUCACCAUGCGUUCAAUCGAUACCAAUGAGCCCAAAUUUUUCCCCAAUUAAUGGUAUUAUGAAUAAUAUCGCAACUGGUAUAAUUCAAGUUGGAUCCCAUUCGACGUUUCCAGUUACUCACUAUCUUCCACCAAAAGUUCAGCAGACCCAAAUUUAUCACCAAACUGUUUAUCCGUUGAUUAGCCUACUGCUAGAAGGUUUUGAUGCAUCUGUUGUAACUUACGGGCAAAAAGGGACAGGAAAAACUUAUACGCUUCUUGGACCAGGUUUUGAUUGUAUUUAUAGUGAAGCAGAACAAGGUAUUAUACAGAGAUGUGUUAGAGAAAUUUUUUCCCAGCUGGCAACAACGCAUAGAGAACGUAGCUUUAUUAUUAAUAUAGGUUGGGUUGAAAUCAGAGGAGAACAUGUUAGAGAUCUCUUAGAAGUUGGAAGCGUCGUGUGUCAAUCUGUUACUGAUGUAUUCCAUUGGCUACAAAUUGGCCUAUCAAAUAAAACAGAUGAUGGAGCUCAUAAUUUGUUUACCCUUACCCUGGAGCAGCAUUGGGUCUCACAAGAAGGACUCAUUCAACAUAGAUUGUCAACUGCAAGUUUUAGUGACUUGUGCGGUACUGAAAGAAUGUAUAUGAUGAAUAGUAUGGACCAACAUUCUAGUAUACCAAAAGAUUUAGGAUUACAGUGCUUGGAAAGGAUUGUAACAUCAUUAACAGAUCCAUCGUUAAUUUAUAAUAAUAAUAUGAUUGAUUAUAAUCAAACAACUUUGACGACAUUAUUAAAAGAUUCAUUUGGUGGUAGGGCCCAAACUUUGCUAAUUUUGUGUGUGUCUCCAUUAGAACGGGACAUGAAUGAAACAAUUUUCAAUUUACAAUUUGCUUUUAAAGCCCAAUGUGUCAGAAAUUUUGUAAUAAUGAAUACUUUUUCUGAUAACAAUACACCUUUAUCUCCAGAUGUUAACGGAAAUAUUCCAGGCGAACAAGAUAUUCCAGUCAGUGGUAGUGUUGAUAAUUUUGGUAUUCAAUUUGCUGCAUCACAGUGGUUGAAAUUGGUAUCAAACGCUGAAGGACUUUUUACAAAGUUACUUGGAAAUAAGAGCGUUAUUGACGCUGAUCGUGAGCAAAUUGAGGAGUGGUUAUUCUUAAAGCAGGAAUGUGAAGAAUGUUUAAGUUCAAAUGAAGCAAUUCGACCACAAAAACCUUUGGGGCCUAUUCAAGAAACCGAGGAGCCUGAGGAGGUGAUUAGCGAACCUGAGACAUCAUGUCAGCAAAAUUCUGACAAUGAUAGCGAUAACGAAAGUGAAACUCAAGGAACUGAUUUUGAUGAAAAGAUCGAACAGUUAAUGCAAAACAUGAAGAUAAAGACUGAUAAUUUAAUUCGGACUAAAUAUGACGAUUUUAUGAAGUCCCAACCAAAAGCAGUUAUGGAAAGUAGUGAAAGUUUUAGACCGGAAGAAAGAAAAACUUCUUCGGGUUUGGGAGGGCGUCGAAGAUCUAUUCAACCGGGUGCAUCUCUUAGUAGUGCUGAGAUAGCAAUGCUUAGUCGCGUAGCUAGUCGAGGAGAAAACUUAUCAAAAUCUCCUGAAGAUUUUCUAGAAAGUUCUUCGGAACAUCAUCCAAUUCGUAUUCACAAUAGUCCGAUUGAUAAUUUACAAAAGAAAAUUCGUAAAAUCGAAACUGAUAUUGAAGCAAAACAACGACAAAUCAAAGAACUUGAACAAACAAUGUCUCUUAAACAAAAACUUAUUUCCGAUCUCAUAAAAAACAACGAUACUCGUACUACAGCCAAACAACGUUUUAAUAAGAAGAAAGGAAAAUUGGAGGCUGAAUACGAAAAAACAAAAAAACAGUUAUCAAAAGCCGUUGUAAAUGGACGUGAUAAAAACGAAGUUGAACGGUUGAAAGCCUUAACGUCUCAUAUUGAACAACGUCUUCAAGAUUUAGCAUCAAUCAAACACAUAGCUGGAGAGAGUGGUGAAAAAGUAAAAAAGUUACAAAAAUCUAUUCAUGAUUCCAAAAAACACAUCGAAGGGUUACAGAAAAAUCUGAAAAAAGAAAAAAAGACUAAGGAUCAAUUAGAGGCAGAACUAAAAUCUCUCAAAGAAAAAGAAAAUAACAAAUCAUCUAGUCUGGAUGAAAAAGGAAAAAAUUUGAAGCAAGUUCAAGCUAGAAUUUCUCAUUUAGAUCACGUUUUAAAAGAGAAAUCUCAAAAUUUGGAACAAUUUAAGAAUACCGAAGAACAGGAAAGCUUACGACACGAGAUUCGAAAUUUAAGAAGAACCAGGGAUCACCUUUUAGAACAAAGGUGUACAUUGGACCGCAAAUUAAAGAAGGAAAAGAUACUAUCACAUCGAGAAGAACGGAAGCUUUUAGAAUGCGAUGAGGCAAUAGAGGCUAUUGAUGCAGCUAUCGAAUUUAAAAAUGAAUUAAUAUGUGGCCGAAAAUCAAUUGAUACUAGCGACCGCGUUCAGCGUGAAAAGGGUGAACAAAUGUUGAUGGCACGUUUAAAUAAAUUAACUGAAGAAGAGAUGCGAACACUGUUAUAUAAGUAUUUUACGAAAGUAAUUGAUUUACGUGAUUCUAGUCGAAAAUUGGAAGUGCAAUUAAUGAAUUUGGAAAGAGAGCGCGAUGCAUGGGAAUGGCGUGAACGUGUUUUAAGUAAUGCUGUACGUCAAGCACGCUUGGAGGGUGAGCGUAAUGCUGUUUUAUUACAGCGACAACAUGAAACAAAGUUAACACUUAUGCUAAGACAUUUAGCUGAGGAAACAAGCACAAGUUCAAGUAGCUUUAACAAUGAUCGUAUGCCAUAUCACCAUCAUCAUCAACAAAUUGCCAUUGGAAACCAUUUAACUUCCCCAACAAGUCCUCAGUAUGAUAGUAGUGGCUUAGAGUCUACUGAUUUUGAUAUCGAUUUAUAUAAACAACAUGCAGUAGUUGCACCACACAAACAAUUAUUGAAAGUCAAGCACUCAGAUUUAGGAUUAUGUCCUUUGCCACCAGAUACUUUAACCAAAUAUAAACCUUUGGAUAAAAUAAAAGAAAAAGAUCGUGAAAGUAAAAAUAAAUUAUUUGCAAAAUUUCAAGUUUUAACACGUUACCAUGGCGGUGGAAAUUCAAACCAUCAAGGUAGUAAUGGGGCAAAUGAUAAAAAAUCAUCUAAAGGAAAUGAUUUACCUAUACCGGAAGAGAAUUUAAAACAAUUGUUGUCUGCCCCGCCAUCAACAAAGGUUACAAGACAAAAGAAUAAAAUAAUUAUUCAAGAUCCAUCUCGGAAAAAUUAAUCUUUUUUGUUUAAGAAAAGUCGCAUUAUGAUUUUAUAAUUCACUUAAAAAGAUGAAUGUAAUGAAACAAAAAAUCAUUUCAAAAAAUUAUUCAAUUACUUAUUAUCUAUGAUAAUCAAUCGUCUGACCGAUUUUCUUCACACAAUUUUCUUUCAAUUAUUCGUUUUUUUUUUUUUUUUUUGGGUACUUGGGUACUUAUUUUCUGGAUUUUUUAAAUAUGAUUUUUAUUAUAUAUUGAGUAUACAACGGUGUAUUCUUUAAGUUAAUGACAAAUUAUUGAGAAGAUAAAAAAAUUUUAUUUUAUUUUUUCAUGUGACACCAAUUUAGUUAUUUCAAGAAUUAAAAUAAGCGUAAGGUAUAAAAUACUCAAUUGUACUUAAAAGCAGAUUUUAUUGUAAAAUCGCAAUAUUUUCGAUUUAAAAUUUUUUGAUCUCGAAUUUGUAUUUUAAGGAACUACAUAUUUCUA